CCGCUCUCCCGCCGCUGCCGCGCCCGUAUCCUGGCCGCGCGAGUUGCGGGUCCUCCGGGGCCUGGGCUGCAGGCCCCCGGGCGCCGAGGAUGGCGUCGGAUCCGCGCUGACUCGUUUCUCCUUGAACCAAGAUGACUGAUGGAAACCUUUCCACCUCUACCAAUGGCAUAGCCUUGAUGGGUGUUUGGGACAGUCGGCCAGGAAGCCACCUUCAGAGCUUGAACCUCAAGGCCCCCAGGUCUCUCUCUCUGCCUGAGCAUGGGCCCAAGCUGCCACUUGGCACCCCAGAAGAUCGGUGCAGCCUGGAGUCGGUGGACUCAGGCAUCCCGACCCUCGAGAUCGGUAACCCGGAGCCUGUGCCCUGCAGUGUGGCCCACACAAGGAGAAAGCCAUCCGAGCCAGAGGCUAUCCCUGAGCGGGCUUCCCAGAGUGCCUGCCCGCUGCCGUCCUGCGCGCUACCAGCCCCCGCCAGUGCUGAACGGGAGCAGGGUGUACGUAAGUCCUCCACGUUCCCCAGGACUGGCUAUGAUGCGGUGAGGCUCUGCAGCCCCACCGCCAGGGCCCUGAGCCGUAGUGACGCCGCCUCCAUCUGCAGCGUGUCCAGCCUCGGCACGGAGCUCUCUGCCACGCUGUCCAUCAGCAAUGAGGACCUCCUGGACCUUGUCACCAGCAGCUCCAGCGCCAUUGUGGCCCUGGAGAAUGACGAUGACCUGCCAUUCACUGAUGUCACCCUGGUCUCCACCAAGGAGGCUGGUGGCCCUGCCCAGUGGGACAAGGUGGAGGAACCUGAGGAAGGCAUCAAGUCAGGACUUCUAGGACCACUUAGCCACUUCUUGGCCAGGAAUUUGCUUGCUAGAAAACAAAUUGCAAGACUUGACAAACAAAAUGACUUGGGAUGGAAGUUAUUUGGAAAAGUACCACUCCGAGAGAAUGCUCAGAAAGAUUCAAAGAAAAUACAAAAGGAAAAUGAAGACAAGGCUAGACGACCCAGCAGGCCGCCCUCCCCCAAGCAGAAUGUGAGGAAGAAUCUCGACUUUGAGCCUCUCUCCACCACUGCCCUCAUCCUGGAAGACCGCCCCGCGAAUCUCCCAGCGAAGCCAGCCGAAGAGGCUCAGAAGCACAGACAGCAGUACGAGGAAAUGGUGGUUCAGGCCAAGAAACGAGAACUGAAGGAGGCUCAGCGGCGGAGGAAGCAGCUGGAGGAGAGGUGCCGGCUGGAGGAGAGCAUUGGGAAUGCAGUCCUCACCUGGAACAAUGAGAUCCUGCCCAACUGGGAAACGAUGUGGAGCUCUAGAAAAGUCCGGGACCUGUGGUGGCAGGGCAUCCCACCCAGCGUGCGCGGCAGAGUCUGGAGCUUGGCCAUCGGCAACGAGCUGAACAUCACCCACGAACUCUUCGACAUCUGCCUUGCCCGAGCCAAGGAGCGGUGGCGGUCCCUGAGCACCGGCGGCCCCGAUGGGGAGAGCGAAGAUGCCGGCCUCCCGGCAGCUGACAGAGAAGCCAGCCUGGAGCUGAUUAAGCUGGACAUCUCCAGGACAUUCCCCAGUCUCUGCAUCUUCCAGCAGGGUGGCCCAUAUCACGACAUGUUGCACAGUAUUUUGGGCGCUUAUACUUGUUACCGGCCGGAUGUGGGCUAUGUCCAGGGCAUGUCCUUCAUUGCAGCAGUGUUGAUCUUGAACUUAGAUACUGCAGAUGCCUUCAUUGCCUUCUCUAACCUCUUGAAUAAACCCUGUCAGAUGGCGUUCUUCCGUGUGGACCACGGCCUUAUGUUGACUUAUUUUGCUGCAUUUGAGGUAUUCUUUGAAGAAAACUUGCCGAAAUUGUUUGCUCAUUUCAAGAAAAACAACUUAACUCCCGACAUCUACCUAAUUGAUUGGAUCUUCACCUUGUACAGCAAAUCCCUGCCGCUGGACCUGGCCUGCCGCGUGUGGGACGUUUUCUGCCGUGACGGUGAGGAAUUCCUCUUCCGCACAGCCUUGGGGCUGCUGCGGCUCUUCCAGGAUGUCCUGGCCAGGAUGGACUUCAUCCAUAUCGCCCAGUUCCUCACCAGGCUACCCGAGGACCUGCCUCCUGAGGAGUUCUUUGCCUCCAUCGCCACCAUCCAGAUGCAGAGUCGGAAUAAGAAGUGGGCCCAGGUCCUGACUGCGCUGCAGAAAGACAGCCGAGAGAUGGAGAGGGGCAGCCCCUCAACGAGGCACUGAGGCCUGGGCGUCAGCACCACCACAGCUCCACACGGCUCCGCGGGCGCAGACCGACACCGUAUCUGCAGACCAACACUGCGUGUGCAGACCGACGCCUCGUGUGCAGACUGACACCGUGUGUGCAGACCGAGGUCGGUGGUGCAGACUGACACCGCAGGCAGUGGGCAGAGCAGGCUCUGCUCCUGUCUGGUCCCUAACACUGAAGCUGGCCUUAAACAGAACAGCACUUUGAAGGAUUCGAUGAGGCUUGGCCUUAAGACGCUAGGGGCACAGUGGCCUGGUGCACAGUCUUAAACAAGGGAAGUGGCUGCCUCUCCCCUUUACUUCAGCAGCAGUUAAUUAAAUCACAACGCCUCUGCCGAUGGCUGGGAAUAACACCUCAGUCUUUCUUGGCUUUGGUGGUGGGACGUGUUGGUGCAAGGCCUCAGGGAUGUUACGGCUUGACAGUGGGGGUGGGGUCAGUUACGGGGCUCAGUUUCCCAGAGUGGAGAGCUGUGCGUUAGAAGCCCACCAACCAAAGAUCUCACGGGGCAGGUGGACCCCUCGGAAGCCUCUGCCUUGUAUUUUUGGGCCCCCUGGCCUCGCAGGUGCCCCACCGUGCCACCUCGACUCCAAGCAGUGUGGCCUGGAGUGCUCCUGGGUCCAGGGGCUGCUUGCCUGCCGCUGGCCCUUGUUUUCCGAGCAGGAGGAGCUGUUUGCACCGAUGGAGAUGGCUUCCGGGCUGGUGGAGGAGGCGACGGGAGCACGAAGGAGAGCCCUGGCCUGUACCUCCUGGCCCCCUGCUUUCCUGCCUCUGGGGGCCAGGGGCAACAUGGGGGUCAGCUGGGGCAUUGCUCCCCUUGCUGUGACAGAUGUGGAGUCAGUCCUCGGGGCCAGCAGUUCUCUUUCUGUGUCAGGCUAUGAUGUACGGGCAACUUCAGCCGCUGUGGGUUACAGACUCCCAGUGGCCCCGGCAGUCCCACAGCCUCCUGGCGUCUGCACCUCAGCCCCAGCUCUGCUGGUUUUCUCCAGGCUCGUUGGCAGGAUUUUGUUGUAGCUUUUCCCUAAUUUUGAGAACUUUGGAAGGAAUUUGGUUGUCAGAUUCAAAGAUGAAUAGUGUUUGCACAGAACAGGAGGACAGGCAGCAUCAUGGAGAAGGCCCCACGGAGGGUCCGCAGCCUUGGGGCCCUGCUCUUGAGCGCCCUCAGCAGGCUGGUUCCUGGUGUUGGGAGCGUUGUUGACUCUGGGCCGGGACAGGGAGCCUGGCUGUGUCUGCACACCCCACCCCCCAGGCCUGUUUGGGUGCAUCUGUGUGUGUGUGUGUGGACCCUCUCAGGUUCUCUCCUGAACUCCCGGGCCCCCUCCUGCCUCCACCUUUCCCCGCCGACCCCGUGAGGCAGCCCGUCCCCUAUGUCUGGGUGCUGUCCCUGCAUCGCCGCAUUGAAUGUAGCCCCCCAGGCACACUUCCUGUGUCCAUGAUAGAGGCGUGCUGUGCUCUAAAAGUGUGUAUUUUCUUAGUGUACAUGAGACAUUCCUACGGUCAUGUCAGAGGGUGAUGGUGCAGGGCUCCAAACGCAGGGUUGCACAUCGACUCAGCCCAGCUCCUCGCACUGUUGCCCGGUAGUGGACACACACCUCGCUGAAUGGCACCAUUUGAAGAAGCGUUAAGUGUUGAGCUGGAACCCCACGCCCCUGGGACUCUCAGCAGGCCUCUGGUCAGAGGUAGCUUCAGUGGUCCGCUCAGGUGUCAGUCCUGUGGGUCCUGUGCCCGGCCGUGCCUCCCUCCUUGUCACUGUUGUGGGUGGGCUGACGCCACGUUGUUGGGACCGUUGGGUUUUCCGGAUCUCAGACUCCAGGCCUGGGGCCUCUGUGCAGCCACACCUUAGAGCCGAGAGCCGGAAUCUCCUGGGGAAACACUGCUCGCUGAAGGUACUUUUUAACUGCUCAGUUUUUGACUACUUGGAGUAGUUUGCAGAUUAAACUCCUGGUGAUACUUGCUGCAUAUCAUGUUUCAAUGCCUGUACAGUUAACUUUUGAUUUUAUUUAGUAAAGUGUCUCAACUAGGACUUUUUGAAUUGUAAAUAAGUGGUUUUAUUAAAUAAAAGUCAUGUACAA